AUAUUAUAUCAAAGUCCUACAUAGCAACAAUAUUACAAUAAUAUCUUUUGUGAGAAAUAUUCCAAAUGGCAGUGAAAGUUGAGAUUGUAUCUAAAGACACAAUAAAGCCAUCUUCUCCAACCCCUAAUCAUCUUCAACACUUCAAACUCUCCCUCCUCGAUCAAUUGGCUCCUCCAUUUUACGUCCCCAUUCUCCUCUUCUACUCUUUCUCUGAUGAUGACUUCAAAACAAUAUCUCACAAGCUGAAGGCUUCUUUAUCACAAGUCCUCACUCUCUACCACCCCUUUUGCGGAACACUGAGAGGCAAUUCAGCCGUUGAGUGCAACGACGAGGGCAUUCUUUACACCGAGUCUAGAGUCUCCGUUGAGCUCUCAAACGUUGUGAAGAACCCUCAUCUUCACGAGAUCAACGAACUUUUCCCGUUUGAUCCCUACAACCCUGCAAGGGAAACACUGGAAGGGAGGAACAUGAUGGCUGUUCAGCUGAACCAGUUCAAGUGUGGGGGUGUAGCACUUGGCGUGUGCUUCUCACACAAGAUCGCUGAUGCUUCAACUGCAGCUUCAUUCCUCAGCGCCUGGGCAGCAACAUCAAGGAAGGAAGACAACAACAAAGUAGUACCACCUCAAAUGGAAGAAGGGGCGCUGCUAUUCCCGCCAAGGAACAUAGAAAUGGACAUGACACGCGGCAUGGUCGGCGACAAAGACAUUGUGACAAAGAGGUUCGUGUUCAACGAUUCCAACAUAUCUAAACUUCGGCAAAAAAUGGGGUGCUUCAAUUUCAAUCCCACGCGUGUGGAAGCCGUGACAGCACUCAUAUGGAAAUCAUCGUUGGAAGCAGCAAAAGAAAGAUCAGCAGAAGGAAGAUUUCCCGCAUCCAUGAUAUCACACGCAGUGAACAUUCGCCACAGAAUAAUGGCCUCAUCAAAGCAUCAUUCAAUUGGAAAUCUAUGGCAACAAGCAGUCUCUCAGUUGGUGGAAGUGGAAGAAGAAAUGGGGUUGUGUGAUUUGGCGGAGAGAGUGAGAAAAACAACAAGAGAAGUUGAUGGAAACUAUGUGGCUAAACUUCAGGGUCUUGAGUUUUAUAAGGUGAUUGAGUCUUUGAAGGAGGCAAGGAUAAUGGCCUCAGAAAAGGGUGUUCCAUGUUAUAGCUUUAGCAGUUGGGUGAGAUUUGGUUUCUAUGAAGUGGAUUUUGGAUGGGGAAAGCCAACUUACGUGCGAACUAUUGGAGUACCAAUAAAAAAUGUGGUGAUUUUGAUGGGUACAAAGGAUGGGGAUGGCCUAGAGGCUUGGGUAACCUUGACUACAAGUAACAUGGUGCAAUUUGAGCAAAAUCCAGAACUUCUCGAGUUUGCUUCAUUUGAUUCUUAAAUAUGUUUAAAAUAGAUUCUAAAAAAUUUACAACAACUCAUACAUUCUGUUAAACUAAGUUAGACUUCCUUUGUUUAAGUAGGUUUGUUUGUUUGUUCACAUUAAUUUACAUAUAUAGCACAUCUUCAUAUUAUGAUAACUCAUUGCUUAGGUCUUAGGUCCUUAGGAAAUACAGAAUUAUUAGAGUGCAGCUGCAUAUUUAGGUUAUCCUUAAUUGUUUCUAGUUGCUGAGGUUUCAUGUGUUUUCUACUUGUUAUAUUAAACUUUACAAGGUUGAAUAAAGUUGAGGUGA